CGCGGCUCCCCUCAGGGCUCCCCGCCGCGGUCCUUCCCCUCAGCGGGGCUCUCCGCAGGCCCGGGCCGGGCGCUGAGGGGGUGCCCGGCCGGCAGGUUGAAGGCCGGGGACGUUUGGAGGCAGAGCCCGGCGGUGGGGAGAGGCAGGGUCGAGGCCCCCCCGUAGUCCCAGGGCUGGGGGCCCCCGCGGCCGUGCCCACCAUGGUGUCUCCAGGCUGGAAGCUCGGUGUCGGUGCCCCCACGGUGUCUCCAGGCCCGGAGCUCAGUGCCGGUUGCCGUGAGGGGCCCAACGUGGCACCGAAAGCAAAGGGGGUGCCAGCUCCCAGCUCAGGAGUGGAUUUAACGCGCUGGUAACAGGCUGAAAAUCUCUAUGGGCCUCUGCGGGAGGCCAGAGAGACUCAUCUGAUGGACCUGCUGGCUUUAAGAUGGACAUAACUUGUGGCUACAGGGCCAAAGGCGCUGCUGGGAGGUUACUGGGGGGGUGAAGGGGGAGUCCCUCAGGGUACUGGAGCCCCCCCAGCGCGGUGCCAGCCUUGUUUGGCCAACGUCACCUCCCCGGCACAAUCACUAAAUACCCUUUGCCGUCAUCUAUGUCCUUGCAGAGGACACACGAGCUGCUGUUCCCGGUGUAGAGGUACCCCAGGAGGCACGGUGGUGGUUGGUCACACACGAGCAUCACCGCGGCCAUCUUCUCCGUGCUGUCCUCGCGAAGCUCUCCGCCUGCAGGGAGAAAGAGAUGGGCACCAAAGACAUCCUCCAAAACCAAAGAGAAGAAAAACAGCAAGGUCUGAGCCUGCUUGGAAAGAAAUGUGAGGGCCCUGGAGGGUGAAACCAGCUGCAGGAUGCUUUCACCUGUACCGCCGGAGCGGGUUUUUGACUGAAAUCUCCAACAGCAGGGAACAUUCGGUGGCAAGGUCAUCAAAAUGGCUGCAACCUCCCAGUUUGCCAGUCGCUACAAAAAGGAUUUGAGUACAGAAGCCAUCAGGGCGAAAGUCACUCGCAGAAAAUCCAUGCUGCAAAAGGAGAACAGGCACAAGGUGUUCGAAAAGGGCAGGCGGUUUGGGUUGGCAGACAUCAACGUGCAGCACUCAAAAGAGAGGGAAAUCUCUCAGCUGAAUGAGACGAGUGAAAUGUGCUCUCAAGAGAGCAGCAGUGUGAAACAGAAACAAUCUACAGAUGCAGCCACCAAGAGAAUGAACGAGCGCAAGGAAAUGCUCCAGCGCUAUAAAGAAGAAAAGGAGCUUCGAAAACUGAGGGAGCAGAGAGAGAAAGCAAAAAAGGGGGUGUUUAAAGUCGGGUUAUACAAACCAACUGCACCUGUGUUUCUUUCAUUUGUACCUGAAGAACCAGUGCCAGUGAAGCCAAAAGAGAAGGCAGCUCCUGCGUACUCCGGGAGGAUUACUCGAUCGAAGGCCAAGAACCAAGAGGAGAAAACUCUGAUACCAACUGCAACGAAGCACUCUACGGUCUGUGCCAAGGGGCAUAAUGUGCGCUCCACACAAGCAGAACGUAAACAGAUGGAUACAGAUAAAGCAGCUGAAAAAAAGAAAGUGCUUCAGCCUGCUGUCCAGAUGACCUCAAAGGCAGGAAUCACCACCAGAUCAGCCUCCUCUGCAGCUGGGCAGGUGCUGAAAACAACAGCAGCUGCGGCUACUGCUGGUAACCAGUCACAGAGAAAGACAGCAAAUGGAGGAAAGCAGAAGAAAGCAGUCAAACCUGACAUCAAGGAGGUAAUUCCUUCUAAACAUGAAGGGGAUAAAAAUGCUCAACUGGAUGCGGUGAUGGAAGAUUCUGCAGCUGAUUCUAAACAUUCAGUGUCAGUAGAACUUCAGCAGGAACAAACCUCAGCGGAAAACAAAACUAAUGCUGCUUCAGGGAGACCCAGAACACGCUCUUUUGCUCCUCAAAACUUUGUGUUUCAGCCAUUAACUGGAUUAGCAACCUACAAAGUUACCCCCAUGACUCCUUCUAGGGCAAAUGCCUUUUUGACACCUAAUGCCUUCUGGGAUUUUUCGAAAUCUCCAGUUAAUAUAAUUGAAAAACCCAGUGAAGCUAAGGCACCAGAGCCCAAUUUAACAAGCCAAGUUUCACCUGCUGGUGACAGUGUUCAAGAACAGGAAACCACUACGAAUUUGAAAGGAGAAAAAGCAAGUGAAUCAGGUGAAAAGAUUCCCAUUCAGAGAUCAAGUGAAGCAAUUCCCAUCUCUCCAGAUACAACAGCGCUUGAGGUGAAGUCAGAUGAUGUAAGAGAAGAAGAAGUGCAUGAUGUGCCCUAUUUCAGAAAUAUUCUUCGGUCUGAGACAGAGAGGCUGACGUCUCAGUGCCUCCAGUGGGACGGAAAGAUUGAACUGGACAUCCCAGAGGAUGCUAAAGAUCUUAUUCGCACCACAACUGGUCAGACAAGACUGCUCAUAGCAGAAAGGUUUAAACAGUUUGAAGGACUGGUGGAUAAUUGUGAAUUCAAACGAGGUGAAAAAGAAACGACAUGUACGGACUUAGAUGGAUUUUGGGACAUGGUUAAUUUUCAGAUAGAAGACGUCAAUAAAAAAUUUGAGAAUCUGAAGAAGCUUCAAGACAAUGAGUGGCAACCACUUGAUGUCCCAAGCAAAGCCAUUGUCAAGAAAAAGCCUGUUCCAAAUGGAGGGUCGAAACCAAAGCUGGGAGCGGCUGGAAGAACGGCUGCCCGAAACCGCCUUGCUGCUGUAAAAGCAGCUCUGAGGGAGAAAAUGAAGCACGACGGAGCUGCUGAUUGUACACAGCAGGAGAAACUACCAGAAGUAGAGAAAGUGGUUUUUGACGCGGUAUUUUUCAGGGUUGAAAGCCCCGUGAAAACCUUUCCAGGUGUGCUGUCAAAGACACCUCGCAGAUCUGCCCAGCAGAUUUCUGGAAAACAGGCAACUCCCAGAUCAUCCAGCAGAGCUUUGCAUCGGAGGGUUCCUUCUGGGCUUGGGAACCCUGAGGAUGUGACUGCAAAUCACACUACACCUGGGCUGGAGGGCUCCCACCCAGCACAAAAUUUGAAAAUGCACCCAUUUCCCACUGGAAAAACUCCCCCACCGGAAGAACUCCCUGCUAUUUAUUUUGAACAAAGCAUUUCCAUCCAAGAGAGUCCUGUUGCUGGCACAGCAGAGGGAACUAAGGUGCUGGAAAAUUCCAGCAGUGAAUUAAAAGUAACGGAUGAGACUGAAGAGAUGGAAGUGUGUGCUGCAGAACCAGAAGGACAAGAUAUUGUCGUGCGCGGUCUGGAGAAGGAGACCUGCACAGAGACGGACUUUGCUCAGUCUGGAGAAUCAAAAAUACAUCAAACAGAUGUUUCAUGUAGUGGUUUGACACCCAUUGCCGGAAAUCCUUUUGAUACGCCGAUGCUGGACACCGAGAUUCCCUUCACUCCACUCAGGACCCGUGCCCAGAAGUUGGCAGCAGCCGAAGCCCCUGAUGACCUGAUUAUAUUUUCUCCCUUUUCUUCCUCUGGGGAAAAAUGAGGAGUGACUCGAAAUUCCAAAGGUGUAAAUGGUAUUAACCAAAACCCCCAGGAGAUAAUCUGGAAUGCAGUCUGUUACCCUCGCGCUGUGUUCGGAGCCAACCAGCACCUGUAGUAUUUUGUAGUGGAGCUUAUUAAAAUAUUUUGUAAUAUUUUGGGUGCUGCCACCACAUACCGUAAGUUCUGCGGAGCGUCUGUUGGUUUCACCUGCCCUAUCCCAUGAUUGCAUGUUGUUAUUACAACCUGAAAUGUUUUUAUUUUUGUAUCAUUUCACGGAUUUCCUGCCUGUUUUGAGUUAUAAAACUACUCAUCUUUGAA